GACACCCCUCACAUUUCCAUUUAGGAGGGAAAAUAAAAAAACUCCCCUCAAACUCAAAAUCCCCCGCUUCAAAAUCCAAAUUAGGGUUUCACAGUCCACAAUUACUACACAGAGAGAGAAAAACAUAGCAAAAUCCUUUAUAACCAUGAAGGAUUCAAUUCUUCCUUCCAAUAAAAAAAGAACAAUUGAAAGGAAAGAAAAUGAGAAUCUCUCAUCAAAAUCCCCAAUUUUGCUCAAAAAACCCAAACAAAUUGCCAAAGCAGCCCUAAUUCGCCUCCAAACUUUCAAUUUUCCUUUGAUUUCACCGGUCACGGGUUCACCUAUCAGCUCAAUCAGUCUAGUACCGGACCGGCUUUACACUAUUGGUCGAACCGGUGAUUUUCAGUUCAAAAAUCGGUGUGUAAGUAAGCAACAUUGUCAGAUUUUAUUUGAUAGUUACAAACGCAAGAUUUAUAUACAUGAUGGUGUUUUAUUAUCGAAAACUGUUGAUAACAGUGGAAAUGAUUGUGUUGUUAGUGAAUUCAGGAGAAGGUUAAUUUGUUGUGAUGAUAAUGAAUUGGAAAGUGAGAGGAUUAAUGAGGGUCUGAGUUUUAGUGUUUCAUUGAAUGGGGUUUUUGUUAAUGGGGUUAGGGUGAAAAAAGGGAUGGUGAGGGAAUUGUGUGCAGGGGAUGAGGUUUUGCUUGUUUGUGGUAAUGAGGGGAAUUGUAGUUUAGGGGGUAGAAUUGGGUUUUUGAUUAAAGGGGUUGCUUUUAAGGAGGAGGUGGUUACGGGGCCGAAUGAGGUUCGGGUGGAGAGAGACUGGUUGUUUGAGUCGAUUGGACAAUCGCAAGGAUUGGUGUCCAGUGGUAGUGGAAACAAAAGGGUUUUUGCUAUCCGGGGAGAUGAGAUUAUGGUUUCAGAUUUUGAUUUUCAGGGGCGGAAAUGUGGGGGUGCUAUUGAGAGAUCUAGAUUUCUGUUGAGUCAGUGUAGAGAUGUGCUGCAUAGUGAUGACCCCAUAUCUUAUAUUAUGCAAUGCAAUUUAUUAAAUUUUGAAAUGGAUGUGCCUUGUGUUUGUAUUGACAAAUCAAACUACUCUGUUGAUGUUGCUGUAAGUGAUAGAAGUAAAUUCCCUGUUCAAAGGGAAAAGGUGGUAAAUGGUGGUGUGCCUUUGGUCAGGGAUGAAGUGCAACAUCAUAACUUGCAAAUUGAUCAGGAUAUCCAUACUGAUAGAGCAAAGAAUGAGAGAGACCAUGUUUGUGCUGGAGGUGGCCAUUUAUAUCAAAAAGACAUGUCUACAGUUUGUUUUGAGAGUUUUGUUGCGAAAAAUGCUUGUAAGACUUCCUCAUUGAAUACCAUGGGUAACGAGAGUGCACCUGUUGCCAACAGCUUUAUCCAGAUGAACACUUGGAAAAAUUGUUGUCCGCCACCCGGGAAGAAGUUUUACCUGAAUCGUCUCCAAUUUAUGGACCAUGGUUCAUUCACCCAUCCCAACGUUAUUUCUUUGCCAGAACUUCUCUAUCCAGUUGAAAGCAUUUCAAGAAUAUUUAUUGCAACCUUUACAAGUGAUAUUUUAUGGUUUCUAUCACAUUGUGAGAUUCCGUGCCAUCUGCCAGUGACAAUUGCAUGUCAUAACACCGAGAGAUGUUGGAGUUCCAGCCCUGAUAAUAGAACCUCUGUGCCUUACUCAGAUUUUCCAAACUUAGUUGUUGUGUUUCCCCCAUUCCCUGAGUCUAUAGCAUUUGGUCAAGACCGCAAGAGGCGAGGGAUUGCUUGCCAUCAUCCAAAAUUGCUUGUUCUGCAAAGAGAAGAUAGCAUUCGUGUUAUCAUUACUUCUGCAAAUUUAGUGUCUAAUCAGUGGAAUAAUGUGACCAACACAGUGUGGUGGCAAGAUUUUCCAGCUAGAAGUGCACCUGAUCCUUCACCUCUAUUUAUUCGAGUUUCUGAUGGAGAUGCAAAUAAAGAUUCAAGAUCCGAUUUCGCUGCUCAGCUGGCUGGCUUCAUGGCAUGUCUUGUGAUCAAUGUACCUAGUCAGGCCUAUUGGAUUUCUGAGUUGACAAAAUACGACUUUGAAGGGGCAAAUGGACAUCUAGUUGCUUCAGUACCAGGGAUUCAUUCUCGCAGAUCUCCCAAUGCUUAUCAGUUGCCAUCAGGGUCAUCUGGUGUGCAAUUCCUUGGCUCAGUUGAAGCUUCUGUUGUUGGAUUAAGCCACCUUUUUCACACUGCAGCUGACAGAAAUGGCACGCAGCUGAAGCAACUGGCUGCUUUCCUAGGGAAAUGUUGUGAAAAUGUAUAUGGGAUGUCAGAGAUUGUUCUGAGAAGAAACCUCAAUGUGCCUGCAGAUGUGAAUGCUGUGAGCAUUCUGGUUCCUAACCCCGAUCAAUUUUCUGAAGGAGAUUGUAUUCAACUUGGUUUUCUGCCUAGAAAUGUUGCAAAGUGGGUUUCUCCAUUGUGGGAUAGUGGAUUCUUCAGAUUCUCUGGAUAUGUUUAUCCUAAAGAAGCCCUUGCUGCUGCUUUAGGAGGAAGCAACAGGAAAGUGCAUCUGAUACUACAUGUGGCACAGGGGCCUUGCUUUCCAAAUAUGAUGAGUUUGAUGCAAACUGAACACGUUCUUGCAUUUUGCUCUCUUGUUGCUUCAAUUCAGAGGUGUACUGGCAUUUGGCGACUGGAAGAGGUUCUAGGUCAGUACAAAUGGCCUGAUUCUCAACAAUCUGAUUUCAUUUAUGGCUCGUCCUCUAUUGGAUCUGUCAAUGCACAAUUUCUGGCUGCGUUUUCAGCAGCUGCUGGAAAAAGAUCACCAGAACUCUUUGAUUCUGAAGAAUCUGAUCCAGAGUGGGGCUGCUGGAGUGCUAGUCAAGAGUUGAGAAAUCCAUCAAUCAAGAUUAUUUUUCCUACAAUUGAGAGAGUGAAGAAUGCAUGCAAUGGGAUCUCGCCAUCGAGGCGCAUUCUUUGUUUUUCGGAGAAAACAUGGCAACGGUUGAGAAGUGUGGGGAUACUUCAUGAUGCAAUUCCUCAUCCAUAUGAUAGAGUAGGCCAGCCAAUGCAUGUCAAGGUUGCACGGAGACGCUUCCAGUCUAAGACGAAUGCAUCUUCUUUUGGUUGGGUUUAUUGUGGGUCACAUAAUUUUAGUGCUGCUGCCUGGGGACGACUAAUCUCCAAUCCAUUCGGUUUGAAAUCAAAGGAAACUGGGAAAACCAACACUUAUUUGAGUUCGAGGCUUCAUGUUUCUAAUUAUGAACUUGGAAUCAUUUUCACCUUCCCUCCAACAGAGACAAAGGGUAUCACAAACAAAGAUUGUACAAACUUGGAUGAUAUUGUUUUGCCAUUUGCUGUGCCAGCUCCCAAGUAUGGACCGACAGAUCGACCAGCAACAGCAAGAGCUAUGAGCGAGGCAGUAGCUGAACUUGCUGGGCUAGAGAGAGACAGACUCAUAGCUGAAGAAAUGAUAGAAGAGAUUCCUGAUGAAGAGGAGGAAGCUGUCGAGGCAACUGAUUAUGCUGCAGUGGAGAAGGAAGAGGAGAAAGCUUAUGCUGAGAUGCUAUGGAACCAGGUCGAUUCAUCUCAAAGGUUUUGAUCUUCAAUUCAAAUGCAAAACGAUUUUCACCAACAUGAGCAGAAUUUAGUAAAUUUAAGUGAUAUGUGGUGACUUGAGAUAUUCAUUCAGGUUCCCAUUAAGUCAUCCAAAACUGUUAAUAGUAGACAGAAAAUAGAAACUUGUUGUAUAGAAAUUUUAGAAACAAUGUAGAGAGUGGCUAAUGGAGUUGAGUAUAGUGCUGGACCAGCCAAUUCACAUAUGCGACAGAGAGUGGUGAGUGUAUAGGUUAGUUUUAAUCAGGGUUUUGUCAAGAAUAAUCAGAGGUGAGUCAUUCCAUAUGCUUCCUUGUAUUUGUUAAUCAUUUGUAAUUUUUUCUUCUAAUAAAAAAGGUAUUUUCCCAAGGGCAAAA